AUGGCCAUCUCACCGCCAGCGUCGCUUGCCGCAUCGCAGCACUACGGCAGAACUACACACACUACUGCACAGUUCUUGCAACCGCCAAAGUCUCCCGCCACGGUCACAACCACACCUGCCUUCGCAACUGCUACAGAUUACAUUUCGACAGGCUCGAGGAAGAGGCAGCGACCGGACUCGGCACAUGCGAACGAGCAACAUCACCCGGCACAAUCGACUUGGACUGAAACCCCAGCUUGGGCGCGGUGUCCUACUCCGUGCGACAAGCUCUAUGAGAGCGGAUUUGGGCAGCACUCGGUGAAUGAGCGGUAUCGGCUCGCGGGAGGAUUUGACACGCCCUCUUUGCGAGCCACUUCGCCCAUACAGCAUUUGACCGUGAAUGAGCAUGAGUUUAGGCGGCGUCUGCGAGAUGAUGAUAUGGACCUUUCUAUGCAUAGCGGCUGCACACCAAUUUCUGGGCCUCUCGCACGUGAGCGAAACGGUGUUGCUCGCUUGAAUGCAGUGCCUGACAAUCGAUCACAGACGACAUGGACACAAUUCGCUUUCGAGCUGGUUGGUAAGGCGUUCAAUUUCGGCACGACGGUGUUUAAAGGGUUCUAUUCAGGAGGAGGUAGAGUCUAUCAGAUAAGCUCUUCGACUGGACCGGAUCGGCUGCAGCACAACUCACUUCGAGUAUCGACGCCACUACCUGGAUCUUGGGAUAGCGACGAGUUCCUGGGCGACUUCGAACAAGACAGCCCAUACUUCGCACAGCAGACAUCGCCGACACGACCACCGGCCAAGCGCCGUCAAACAGAUCGAGACAGUUGGGUGCUCGUCGGCAAUCCUGAUGCUGAGAACCAAACCAGUCCGAAACGGAAAAUAUCUGGCAAUAGCGUACCGCGAAGUAACCCGGCUCCUGGUAGGCCGACCGCAUCUCGGGCCUCCAGUCGGCGCAGUCUGGCACCAGUAUCAAGAAAGUCAUCCGCCUUCGGACCCACCAAUGGGAGUCCAGUGCAGUUCUCACCCGCACUGGCACCACCACAGCAGUCACAGAGCAGAAUAGCAUCCGUAGCAGCGACACGAUCACCUCAGCAAAGGCCGAGCAGCGCAGGCGUAACAGCCUACGUCAGUCCAGACGCGGAACGCUUUGUUAAAAGACAGGCCAAGCAGGAUCGCGCUGCAGACAAAACCAUGACGAAUAUGGGAAACAGAAUACAAGAAAUGAUGAGACAGGCGCAAGAAGCGCUAGGGACGAAAUACAGCGUCGAAGGCGAUGGAAUGGACCUUGAAGACGAAGGAUAUGUUGAUGAUGAUUGGCAAUGA